CGCCCUCACGUCACCCCGUUGUUUUCCGAGGAGUGGCGCGGCCGGAGAGGCACCUGCACUUCUCCCGCGGCUGCCUCGGGUUAAACACCUUUUCAGCUUUGUUUUGUGCCUUUUGCUGAGUCUCCACUCCGGGUGUGCCAGGGAAGAAUGCCUCGCUGCUUCUCGGUACGCCCACUUCUGGCACCAGGAGCGGCGCCUUGGCAAAGGCUGUCAUCAUAGUGCCUGAUAAUGCUUGGCUGGCUGGGAGUGUGAAGCUUCGGUCUCUGCUCAGAAUCACACAGCUCUCCGGCGGUGUUGCAAGGGGGAACUGUCCCCUGUGGCCUGUGAUCUACCUCCAUCCAGGGCUUAUUGAGUCUCAGCUACCAAUGUAAAAACAGAAGCCUUGAAUAGCAGCAGGUUUACUUUAACAGGUGUUGUGUUCUCUUCUUGCUCCUGCCAAGCAUGGUACCAGAUGAUCAACGUGUCUGAAUCUCUCACUCCUUCCCGCACCUCUAUGGAGGGGUCUGGCAAUGAAACAAACUGGAGCUUUCCCAUGCCUUCUGGAAGCAAAUACCACCUCUACAUUGGCUUGGCUUUGGCUAUAGGUUCCAGUAUCUUUAUUGGUUCUAGCUUCAUACUGAAGAAGAAAGGACUUUUGAAACUGGCAGACAGAGGAGUCACCCGAGCUGGACAAGGUGGAUAUUCUUAUUUGAAGGAAUGGCUUUGGUGGGCUGGACUGCUAUCAAUGGGAUUAGGAGAAGCUGCAAACUUUGCUGCCUAUGCCUUUGCACCUGCAACCUUAGUUACCCCCUUGGGUGCACUGAGUGUUCUCAUAAGUGCUAUAUUGUCAUCUUAUUUUUUAAAUGAGAAGCUGAAUAUUCAUGGAAAGCUGGGCUGUGUACUGUGCAUUUUGGGGUCAACAGUCAUGGUUAUUCAUGCCCCAGAGGAGGAGGAGGUCACCUCACUAGAUGAGAUGGAAAGAAAGCUGCAAGAUCCAGCGUUUGUUACAUUUGCUGUUCUCCUAACAGUCGUUGCCCUUGUCCUGAUUGUUGUUGUGGCUCCAAAGAGAGGUCAGACAAAUAUACUGAUCUACAUUUUAAUUUGCUCACUCAUCGGUGCCUUCUCUGUCUCAUCUGUGAAAGGCCUGGGCAUUGCCAUUAAGCAAAUGCUGGAGAGGAAGCCAGCCUAUCGCCAUCCAUUGGUUUAUAUUUUGGUGGGCAUCUUAGUGCUCUCAGUCAGCACUCAGAUCAACUAUCUCAACAAAGCACUGGACGUGUUCAACACAUCCCUUGUGACACCCAUUUAUUACGUGUGCUUCACUACAACAGUGGUGACGUGCUCCAUCAUCUUGUUCAAGGAGUGGAGUAGUAUGGAACUGGGUGACAUCAUUGGAACCCUGAGUGGAUUCUGCAGCAUCAUCAUUGGCAUCUUCCUGUUGCACGCUUUCAAAAACACUAACAUCACCUGGAGUCAGCUGAUGUCCGCUGUUGCCAAAGAACAAUUCCAUGAACUGGAAACCAGUCACACUUUGCUGGAGACCAUGGAGGACCCAGCUUUGGUAUAUGAGGAGGACAACGUUUUAUUCAGUCGAUGAAACACUCAAGCAGUGUUCAUCAUCAAAGUAUCAUGAAGUGCAAACUCAGCUCACCCAUGUCUACUAGAAUGCUCUACUUUUCUGCAGUCCUCUGGAAAUUUGUCUGUGAGACCUGUUAAGUGUGGGUCACUCCUCUCUAUGUCAGCUGUUGGCAGUAAUGAAUGAAUAUGUUCAGUAAUUAGCAUGACAGACGGAAACCUGGUGAUGAUUAUAUGUUAGGCAAUGAAAAACAUGGUCCUUUUUUAUGCAGCAUCUCUUCUUGAGAAAUUUUAGCAAAAAAGAAUGGUCUUUGUAAGCCAAGUUUAAAAAAUGCAACUUAAUGAUAAAAGACAAUCCUUGCUGAAGUGGCAGGUACACUGCUAUUAUCUUCAUGAUGGCCUUAAUAUUUCUGGCUUUCUUUAUGUUUUUAUAAUUUAUUGUCAAGGAAGCUUCUAUAUACUCUACAUGAAGGAUAUUCUUUGGAGACAUAAUAUGAAGAAAACAAUGUUUAACCCUUUUAGUUUUUAAUACAAAAUUUAAUGUAAGAUUUUUUCACUCUCGAUGACCUGCCAAUGAACAUUGAUUAGAUGUCACAAAAAAAUUUUAGCAAAUACAAUUCUUGACAAGUCUCAGCUUUUCUACCCAAGGAAUCCUGAAUAGAGUGUGCAUCCCUGAAUAUGCCUGUACUUUUUUAAAGCUAAGACCAAGUUUAAGAAAAAGAAAAUUCAUUAGUGGCCUGAAAACAGUUGCUACUGGCUUAAAAAAUUACAUGAGGUUAUAGAAUUAAGUAUUCAAAGGCAGAGGAAAACCAGAACAUGCAAUUAAAAAUUUCUUCUUCAUUUUAUAUUAUUUUGAGGAUUAAGAAGAGGCUUUACUUAUUUCCAUACUUCUUCCUAAUACAUCCAUCUAUUAAUUAGAACCCAUUUAAGCUUUUCAAAAUUUUUUCCUCAUUUUCUGGGAAGAUAUUGUUCUUUAUUAAUAAUAAAGCAGUCCUGUUAAUUUUUAUUUUUUUACAAGUGCAAAAUCCAUUUUACAAUCCAUGCACUACUUCUAAAAAUACUAGGUAAAGGAUGUAGGUGAGGGGUGACAUCAGAAUGUAUUUUUUUUUUCGUUUGGAUUUUUCAUCUAUUCUUAAAGUUAGUAUUUGACUAAUUAGUAUUAGGCAAACCUAGUAUUAGAUGUUUAACAAUAUAUAAACCUACCAGAGGCCUUGAAGAUUGAUAACUGUACUGCAGUACUGUAGUUCCUCAGCUGUGGUCACUGAUCUUCCUUGUCACAACAAAAGUUUGCACAGUCCAUUUUUUUAAUCAUUACAAUCCUCUUUGUUUUCCACUUUGCAAGUAAGUGAGUGACAUCAGCAAUCAGACAGAUGGGUGGUGACAAGCUCAUCACAAAGCAGUAUUUCCAAUCUUUGGAUUUUUAAGUGUGAGUCCAGAAAGUUUGCCAGAGGAUGCCAGCACUUCA